AUGAUGAUGAAAUUGAGAACUGCGAUUCCAGGAUUAAAUGAAUUGGGGAAAGCACUUCUAGGAAGUGUCGCAGAGCAGGUCAUGCUCCUAGAGAAUAUAGGGACAUCUGUCCUUGUUUCCAAAAAUCAGCUUCCUGAUCUUCACCACUUGAUGGUUGAAGCUGCACAAAUAUUAAAUGUUGAUGCCCCUGAUCUAUAUGUUCGUCAAAGUCCUGUGCCGAAUGCAUACACACUAGCUAUAAGUGGCAAACGACCAUUUGUUGUUAUUCACACUAGCCUUUUGGAGCUCUUGACAAGAGCAGAGUUGCAGGCUGUUUUGGCUCAUGAGUUGGGUCACCUAAAAUGUGAUCAUGGAGUGUCUGCAAGUAUUCUAACCCUCGGAGCUUAUAUUGUACCUGGCAUUGGAGGUAUGAUAGCUCGGACUAUGGAGGAACAGUUAUUCUGGUGGAUACGAGCUGCUGAGUUGACUUGUGAUCGAGCAGCUCUACUUGUUGCUUAGGACUAAGGUAUUCUAUUGGCAAACAUCAUCAUCUAUAUAUAUAUAUAUAUUGGUUCUACGGACAUGGACACCGACACUACAUGGAAUAUGCUGACACACGAAUUUAACAUUCUUAUAAGAUACGGACUUUCAAUCAAAAAGAAGAGGAAAAAGGAAAGGAAGACUGAGAGUGCAGAAUCAGAGAAAGCAGAGAGAAGGAGAGAAAACUAAAGCUGUAUUGAUUUGGAUUUUGUGAACAGUAAAUCACCAAGCAUGAAUUUUUGGCUUGGGACUUAACUAUAUAUA